ACCGGAAGUAAUACUUUUGUCAACAAGCAUGCAUCCCCAGGUUGUGAAUGUUUGAAAGAGCUUUCUACUUAGCUGUCGUUGUACUACAGUUACAUUAGAUGAUUUGCCGUCAAAACGUCAAGAGCUUUUCUGUUUGUAUUGCACAUAUUCACAAAAUUCCACUGCUGACGUUUGCUAGCUUCUGAAAGAGCCACAGAAAUGUCAGCUCCUACGAGGGAGGAGAGGCGUACAUGUUGGGGGGCACGAGAUGAACUGUGGAAAUGUCUCGACGUAAAUCAGGACAACGCAGAGUCGUGCAAAAAGUUCCAUGAGGAAUUUGAGAAGCAGUGCCCAGCACAGUGGGUGAAAUACUUCGCAAAGAGGCGGGACUUCCUGAAGUACAAGGAGAAGCUUCAGACCGAAGGCUUUGAGCCUGCAGAGGGGGUCCCCAGCUCAUAGCUUCUCCAGUUGGACUGCUUGACACAGAAUGGAGCACUGUGUUGAGAACACAGCUACAUGGACUGCACUCUCAAUCUCAGUUGGGUACGAGCAACUGCCACUCCAUGAACAGAACCAUAAUGGCAGCCGUUAGAUCACUGUGUGCCCUGAGAGCGAUGGCAGGCUCACAUUUCAUCUCUGUGUUUUAGAAUAAUAAUAUAUUUGAUUUGAUACCACAUACUGUUUUUCUCUCAAUGUAUCGAAGAGAGCUGCUGCUGAGUGACUUGGAGUGUGUGUGUGUGUGUGUGCGCCUGAGCAUCGUGUGCAUGUUAUUCAUCUGAAGAUGAAGAUGAAAACAUCUGCAAUUGACACCAUUGCUAAAUACAUGCGUGAAGUAGUUUUGAAUAAAAACAUGUAAAAAAAGAGGGAAA